GGCGCGCGCCGGCGCAGCCCGCCCUGCCGCGGCGGAGCGGCCGUGACGAUGGUGGCCAGCGGGCGGGCGCGGAAGCUGGCCCGGCGCUACCGGCUGGCGGUGGCCACGGCCCUCGCCAUCCUCCUGCUGCAGGGGCUCGUCCUCUGGACCUCCGCCGGCCUGGAUGAGGAGGGACCGGCUGAGGAGCGGCAGAAAAAAGCCAGAUUGCCCGAGAGCAGUGACGGCUCCAAGGACUCGGAUAGCUCUGCCGGGCGCCGGGGCAGUGCCAGUCGGAAGCACGGGCGGUGGCGGGGACGGCCGGACAGCCCCGGGGCGCUGGUGUCCAAGGUGGUGAGAGCCGUCACAGUGAGACACAAACCAGGACGGAGGCUGCCGGCCGCACCGGACUCUUCCAGCCGGAGGAACCUGACGGAGCUGCGCGGGGAGGCCCAGCUGGCCAUCUUCCAGCAGGGUGACACGGGCAGCGUAGAGGGGGCUCCCCAGCCCACCGAGAACAGCUUCACCCCCAAGUGUGAAAUCACGGGCAAAGAUGCCCUCUCGGCACUGGCCCGGGCCAGCAGCAAGCAGUGCCAACAGGAGAUCGCCAAUGUGGUGUGUCUGCACCGGGCCGGCAGCCUCAUGCCCCAGUCUGUGCCUCGCCACUGCCAGCUCUCGGGCAAAGUCAGCCCCGUCAUCCAGUGGGACGAGAGCCGGCUGCAGCAGGCACCCCCCAGCAAGCCCGUGCGCAUUGCCUACAUGCUGGUUGUGCACGGCAGGGCCAUUCGCCAGCUGAAGCGGCUCAUCAAGGCGGUGUACCACCAGCAGCACUUCUUCUACAUCCAUGUCGACAAGCGCUCCAACUACCUCCAUCACGAGGCAGUGGAGCUGGCCCGGCACUACCCCAACAUCCGUGUGACGCCCUGGCGCAUGGUCACCAUCUGGGGAGGUGCCAGCCUGCUGAAGAUGUACUUGCGUAGUAUGAAGGACCUGCUGGAACUGGCUGAGUGGCCCUGGGACUUCUUCAUCAACCUGAGCGCCACUGACUACCCCACGAGGACCAAUGAUGAGCUGGUGAUGUUCCUGUCCAAAUACCGAGAUAAGAACUUCCUCAAGUCUCAUGGCCGAGACAACGCCAGGUUUAUCAAAAAGCAGGGCUUGGACCGCCUGUUCCACGAGUGUGACUCACACAUGUGGCGGCUGGGCGAGCGCCACAUCCCUGAGGGCAUCGUGGUGGACGGGGGCUCCGACUGGUUCUCGCUGACGCGCAGCUUUGUGGAGUACGUGGUCUACACUGAGGACCACCUGGUGUCCCAGCUGCGCCAGUUCUACACCUACACGCUCCUGCCAGCCGAGUCCUUCUUCCACACGGUCCUGGAGAACAGUCACGCCUGUGAGACGCUGGUCGAUAACAACCUCCGAGUGACCAACUGGAACCGUAAGCUGGGCUGUAAGUGCCAAUAUAAACACAUAGUCGACUGGUGUGGGUGCUCCCCAAAUGACUUCAAACCCCAGGACUUCCUCCGGCUACAGCAACUCUCCAGACCCACCUUCUUCGCCCGCAAGUUUGAGUCGACAGUGAAUCAGGAGGUGCUGGAGAUCCUGGACACGCAUCUCUACGGCAGCUACCCCCCCAACACGCCGGCCCUGAAGGCGUACUGGGAGAACGUCUAUGACCGCGUUGACGGGCUCAGUGGCCUCAGCGAUGUCACCCUCACCUUCUACACCGCCUUCUCCAGGCUGGGGCUCCGCAAAGCCACAUCCAUGCCAGCAGUGAAGGCCGACAAACUCUGCAGAUUUGAGCCCCGGGGCUUCCCAUCCAGUGUGCACUUAUAUUUCUAUGACGACCGUUUCCAGGGUUACCUGGUGAUGCAGGAAGUGCAGAAUUCAGCAACUGGGCAGGCAGACUCGCUGGAGGUGUGGAUGAUGCCCCAAGGAGCUCUGAAGCUGGCGGGUCACGGAGGGCAGGCAAACCGCUUACAGAACCUUGAGGUGGGCACAGAGUGGGACCCCAAGGAAAGGCUCUUCCGCAAUUUUGGAGGUUUGAUGGGGCCUUUUGAUGAGCCAGUGGCCAUGCAGAAGUGGUCACGGGGCCCCAACCUGACGGCCACGGUGGUGUGGAUCGACCCCACCUAUGUCAUUGCCGCCUCCUACGACAUCACGGUAGAUGCCGAGGCAGAGUUCACCCAGUACAAGCCCCCCCUUAAUCGGCCCCUGCGCCCCGGUGUCUGGACCAUCCGCCUCCUCCAGUUCUGGGAGCCCCUGGGGGAGAAUCAGUUCCUGGUGGUGCCCCAGACCUUCAACCGCAAGCAGCCUCUCAGGAAAGACGACAGCAACUGGCUGCACGGUGGGCCCCCCCGCAACGAGUACAUGGAGCAGAGCUUCCAGGGCCUGGGGGGGAUCCUCAACCUGCCGCGCUCUGAGGAAGCGGAGGAGGACGCAGUGCAGAAGGCACAGCUGACGGGCAAAGCGCUGGAGGACUGGGCGGACGGUGCCAUCAGCGCCUUCUGGUCCGUGGCGGAUGUCUGCGUUGUCAGCCCCUCUGCCUGUGGCUCCCUGGAGACCUGCAGCAAAACCUCCUGGAGCUCCCUCUCCCCGGACCCCAAAUCAGAACUGGGGCCCGUCAAACCUGACGGGCGGCUGAGGUAGCAGGAGCAGCCGGGGGGGCAGCCGUGGGAGCGAGGAGCAUCCUCCGUCACUGGCGCGGGGGGUCUCUGGACUAUAUCACCCUGUGCGAUUUGCACCGUAGUCACUCAAGGAAAAGAGAAUGGGAACCUCUGGGCCAGGAAGAACCUCCAGUUGGGGUAUUUUGUGUGGAAGGGGAGUUGUGAGGUCGGUCUUGCCCACCUCCCCCAGGAACGAGCACUUGCUGGCCAGGGAAAGUGUGCCGGGGCGCCCAUCAGCUCCAAGGCAAGGACGGUGCUGGCGGCUGGGAAGAGUUUGUUUUUUUUUCGGGAAGAGUGUUACUGCAGGCCUUGGAGCCUCGGGGGGGGCGAUGGGGGAGGCGGGGAAGGCUGGCAGAUGGGUGUUCUCUGGACCAACUCAGCACCCUGCCCUCCGUGCCUGGCCUUGGGCUGGAUCUCUGCAGGAUCAGGCCCUGUGCUGCUGGCUGUCCCCCCAGGAGGGCUGGAAAGGGGCUCUGGGGACAGGCAGAAGCAGAAUGGGUCGAAGCCUGCCAUGUGCACGGAGCUGCUGCUAGCCCAGGGCUUGCAUCUCAUCCCCCUCCACCCCAGCCCUUUAGUUUGUAUUUUUAUAAAUAUAUAUAUAAAUAGAAUUAUAUAUGAUGCAAAGUGCAAUAGAGACAAGACCCCGCGUUGGCCGGGAAGUCCUUGUGUCUCCAUCUCCCCUCAGACUGUCACAUACCUUGUUCUCUUGGAUGUCCUGGCGCUACAGGACAGGGUGCUGGGUCGUUUACAUUUUUUUUUUAGUAGUAGUAUUGUUAUUAUUAUUGUUUUGCUGUUUCCCCAUUUUCUGCUGGGGGCUGCUGGGGAGCCGCACCCUGCCGCCCCUCAGUUGCCCCUGGGGUUUUGGGGUGCUGCUCCCUCUGCGGUGGCUGCCCGACUGUGCCAAAUGUCUGGAGCUGAUGGUGAGUGUUGUGCGACGGCUCCAUGAGCCGGGGAGCACUCGGUUCAAGUCUAACAAGCUACUCUGCCGCCUCUGUCUCCACUCCAGCAAACACCCUGGGGCUGGGCAACGGGACGCCCCAGUCCCCUGCCAAAAAAUUGUCCUGCUGCAGACGGGACGGAAGCUCGCCAUGCCUAGGGGCUGCCCUGUGCCACAGCCCCUGGGCCCAGCCUUUUCUUUUCUCCAUGGUUGGCAGAAGCUUUCCGGAUCUGCUGUGCUUCCCUGGCCAAAAAGCAAAGAGGCAAGACAAGGCCCAGCUGGCACCAUCCACUCUCUGCUGUUCCUGCUUCCCCCUCUCCUCUGGGCACAGUGUGCAGCGGAGCAUCCCCCUGCCUGCUGUCCUCCCAGGCUUGGGCACUGCCUGUCGUUCCUUUCUGGAAGAGCAGCACUGCAUGGAGAAGUCUGGGUUGGGUUUUCACCCUGGGACAACACUUCAGUUGUGCCAUGUGGGACUGCAGUGGGAAUUCACAAGCAGCCUGGGAAGAGGUAUUGCCCCAGCGCAGGGCUGGGGCAGGGGAGCUGCUGGGGAUGAGCUGGAGACCAUCUGGGCCAACCCCUCUGCUCAGGAGCCGGUGGCUUGGCCAGUCGCGUUUUGCUAUCUCCAAAGAUCUGUGCCAUCCUUUACCUUCCCCCAAAGCCCAGGGCUUCCCCACCUGGCGGGGGUCACGCUCCCAGUCGCUGUCGUUUAAGGAUGCUGGUGCCGCAAGAGGCUCCUCUUUGUGCCGGAGGGAGAAGGAGAGCUCGGUGUGCGAGGGUGGAUAUCUGCUGGUCCCCCCCCAGCCCACCCCUCGUGGGGUGCUGUGGAGCUGGGGAGGGAUGUGGGGUGAGAGGGGGCCGCACAGGGCCCGGCCCCUGUGCAGGGGUUGGACGCCAAAACUCUUGUCGGAAGCAUUAUGUAAAGUUGUCUUAAAUAUGCAACAUCACCACAAAUAUAUCUAUAUC